UCCAAACAUUUAUUGUCUGCAGAAUUUGGAACUACGAAGUACGAAUAACUUUUAAAAGAAAUUUUACAUUACACAUCAGUCACCAUCGCCAGCGUGGAUAACGUCAAUAUUAAUAUAUUAGAUGUGAAAAGAUUAUACUAGUAAUUAAAUGACGUUUUAGAUUAAAAUAAAACUUGCGUUCAUGAUUCAACUUAUUUGGACCAUGAAAAUGGAUUCGAUGCGAGUGCAGACUCCUAGAAGAUUUAUUACACUUUUUGUUUUUGUGCUUACCUAUACCAUUGCUGUCACAGAACAAACUAAAUAUGAUGUAGGAAAUAGUCCUUUAAUACAAGGCAUAAAGCAAGGAGACAUAGUUUUAUUAAAAAAUGACAGAGUCCGACGAGACACUGCUGUGACGACUACCACUACCAACAAUAGCAGUAACUUGAGCUCUUCAAUGUCUAAUGAUAGCACAACCAUCUCUGCAUCACUACCCACACCUACUGCAGCAUCUGAAAAUGGCACUCAGGAUUCAAACAGAACUGCAUUAACAGAGAAUGCUAAUCAUACGUCACUGUUAGGUUUCAACGGAACCGGAAUAUUACAUGUUACAAUUCCUAGUAACACACCUACUGUGAGCGAGCCUAUCACUCCAGAUGAUGAUACAACUGACGUUUUCAAAGACAGCCUUGAAACUAUCAAAGCCAAAAAAAAUUUAACCGAUAUACAAUUGGAUCACCACGUAUUCUACAAUAGUACAUUUUUGGGUAACACUGAAUUUUUCAACGAAUACUGGUCCAAUAUCACAAAACAAAAGGCGGAUAUACACGAAGUUCUUAGUAAUUCACACCGGCGCGCUACUACUAUCAAUUUGAGUUUUGACUUCAUGUUUUACGGUAAUCCUGUGAAGAAUAUUACCGUUGCUACUGGCGGGUUUAUAUUCAUAGGUGACCACGUGCAUAAUUGGUUAGCUGCGACACAAUAUAUAGCACCAUUGAUGGCAAAUUUUGACACAACACUUGGAAAUGACAGUGUGGUUAAACAAUACGACGAUGGUGAGAAAUUUGUUGUGUUUUGGGAAAAUGUGACAUUGCAAGAAAACUCCAGCUAUCCCUUCACAUUCGCGGUUGUCCUGUAUAAAAGCGGUGAUAUUGCAUUUGUAUACAAAGACGUACCAUUCCCCAUACAAAAUAUUAGUGAUAAGGAGCAUCCAGUCAAAGUGGGCAUAAGUGAUGCCUAUCUCACUGGACAAACGUACUUACAUGUGAAACACAAGACUAUAUAUGAGUACCACCGUGUAUCAUUCAAAAACUACGAAAUAUCGAACCACACCAUAUUAAUGCUGAUCGCUUUGCCAACUUGCCUUGUCUAUGACACGUGUGAAGAUUGCGCCAAUCAUGAGACACACUUUAACUGCUCAUGGUGCCCCAACAUUAAUAAGUGUUCAAGUGGAAUAGACAAAAUUAAACAUGACUGGGCUAUUCAUCAUUGCGAAGCUGUCGCGAUCAAAGAGGAGAAAACUUGUCCGGCGCGUGUCACUCACACAUCUGAUACCAAGAAUACAAUUUACACGACUGAUAAUCGUUCGGCUGAUCAAGAAGCACGCAAAUUGCACACCGAAGGCACACCAGAUGUUCCGGUUCAGAAGCAACACUCUACAAUCGGUGGUGUAGUGGUCUCAUUGGUCAUAGUCACCUUGCUGUGCAGUUUUGCUGGAUGGGUGCUCUACGCUUUCAAAAAUCCACACACACGAAGCGGACAAAUACUUAUCAGGUAUCGGCCAUCGCAAUGGAGCUGGCGACGUGGUGAGGCGCGGUACACGGCGGCAACUAUCCAUAUGUAAAAUAAUGUUAUAUAUUUUAUAAGUGGCCCAAUUGGGCAUCCGUAGACAAGGCACUUUUAGCAUAAAAUAUUCAUUGUACUUAACUUUUAGGUUAUCUCGUAUCCUUUAUAAGCAGCAGAACAAAUGUAAUUUAAAAUAGGGAAUCUCGAAUAUUUAUAAAAUAUUAUUAUCAUAAUAUUAUUCUUUAUAAAAAGAAAUAUGACUUCCAAGAUCUGUUUUUCAUAAUAUAAAGUAAUGCUAAAAGUAUCCUGUGUGCGAAUUUUAAAGUGAAUUUUAUAUAGGUGUUAAAAUAUUGACCAAUUGAUAAUUGACAUUGUCCAAGAAUUUAAAAUUAAGAAUUUUCAAAAUAAAAACAGUGUUUCUUAAAUCCGUCCUUUAUAACUCUAUCAUAUACAUAUUUAUUGUUAAGUCGAAAUAAAUUAUAUACAAAAUUGUGUCCUAAACCCUAUUUAACUAAGUAAUGUGACAAUUGUUAACAUUGUUCAACAUUUUUUAAGAAAAGUGAGGAUUAUAAAAUUAUUUAAAAAAUAGUAUUAUAUUAAUCUAUUGUGCUCCAGACUAUUAUCAAUUAAGACUUUUUAGAAAAUUUACAUACAAAAUUAAAAUAUUAUUAAAGACAAUGUCAAUUACCAUGUUUACACUUAUUACCGAUCCAUCCAUCUCUGACUUUUAGUGUUAAUUAUAAACGAAAUCUUUAAAUCCCAAAACCUUAAUCGAACUUAUUAUCCUUAUAUCUGUCUAAUUAUUAAAAUAAUAAGACCCUGAUGUAAUAUUACUGUAGUAAUGUAGGAUCGGUAAUAAUACAUUUAAAGUAGAAUAGACUUAAAUACUUAUGGCAUCUUGAUGUUACUUAAUUUAUCUGUCACCGAGCACUUUAUAACAUUCCUUCUUGCAGUUAAACCAAAUCAAAUGUAUUACAUAAGUAGCCUAUAUGUAUAACCUGUUGUUUCAUAUAAACACAGAGCUACUAAACCUGAUUCCAAACUCCAAUUGCCUGGAAAUGGCACAAAGCUCUGAUUCCAGUUACAAUAAGGUCGAUGACGCCCAGUUUGUGCACAAUACAAAAGCUUAAUAAUGGAAAUUGCGUAAUUUAUGCGAAAUAACCCGUUUAUUUCGUGGCUCCGUGUUGUCUUUGUGAAAGUGUUAUUUUGUAAAAUUUCCAAUUUCUUUUGAAUUUAUUUGAAACGAAAUUCAACGCUGCAUUAAUGGUGUUGCAUUUUUUUUAGCGGAAAAUUUAAACUCGGCUAAAAUUCGCUGUCACGGCAAGCACGUUUGUUAUAAUUCUUCGUAGAGAUAGUGUUGCCAAAGUUAGGUUACCAUCGGUAAAGCAUCAGUUAUUUUAUUCGUUUCUGUUUCGUUAGAAUUUAACAAAUUAUUAUUAAUAUUGGUUAUAUACUAGAAAACGUAUUAGGGCACGUGUUUUACGCGUUAAAAAUGAAUUAGUAGAAUUGUGUUGUAUGUUUUAGUUAGGGUUUUCUAAUAUUCAAACACGAUUUUUUUCUAAAAUUAACGGCUUUUAGUAUGUCUAUGGUGAUUGUUAUAUUUCUUUGUAUAACUUUGGCAACAGUAUGGUAAGUGCCUUAUUUUAUGCCUUGUUAGCUUAAAAUAUACUUAUAUACUUUAAUCGUAUCUAAAACUAUAUUCGAAUAUUACUUUUUAAAACUAUAUAAGUAUUUACUUAAUUUUAUAUAAUUUUUAGUAUGUAAUUAUUGGUUUGAGGCAUAUACUUUUUGUGCUUUUAAUUUGUUUGAUCGCGUUCGUAUUGAAAACUUGUAUUAUACCUGAACCAUAAUUUUCCUUAGAACGAGAAAUCAUUGGCCUAAAUAACUACUUUGAUAAAACCAUAGACGUAUUGCAUUCUUAUACAUUUGUAAACUAACUUUCUUAUGAGAAUUGUUGCUCAUGUAACAAUAUUUACCAUAAUUUUACAGUUAAUAUAAGAGCCACCUUCCAGCAACAAGCCAUUAGUAAAUAUUUUGUACUAUAAUUAUUAUUCUCGAGUUCCGUAAGACAUUGUCCAAAAGUUCCGUCCUAUAAAAGACUUUAUACACAUUAACCUAUAUUACAAGACUUGAUAUUAUAAAAUUCUAGUAUAAUAUUUUUGAAACAUGUAUCUGUAUUUCUUGUUGGUAUAAUCAGAAGACAUCUUCAUCUUACAAGUUCAAAAUACUACUUAUACUUAAUCCGCAAACAUUAAUUCUUAGUAAACCUCCGACUUGUGUUUGCUAUCAUGAGCGUGGUAUUCUUGUGAUGGCGACAUUAAUGACACAUGGACCCAGGCUAACGAUACAGCAGUUGCCUUGGGCCAGCGAUAAUCGAGUUAUCUAUGAAGCCUGUUGGAUAGAUUGAUUGAAAUCGAAUAAAACUGACUUUAUCUUAUCUUAGACAAUUUAACAUUGUACUAUUUAUGUGUAGAACAUGUUAGGUUUAAGAUAGUCUUAUGGAACUCAUAAUAUCGGUAACAUUAAAAUCUAUGUUAAAUUGUUCAUUUAUUUUUGUCUCUUUUUCUGAAGCGGAUUCUUAGAUUUAUUGUUUUGAUGUCGAGGUGAUAUUAUAUAUAAAAUAUAUUCAUUAUGUUA